AUGUCUGAGGGUAACUCCACAGAAGACAACCAAUCAGAACGUGAAUCAAUUGAAUCUACAAACACUGACAUCAAAAUAAACAAAGAGACACUGAUGUCCAAUGACCAAUUCACAAGUAAGAUAAACUCAUCAAAUUUAGAAAAUUCAUAUGAUAAAAUAAAACGUCCAGGAUUAACAUCGUCUAUGACUGCCUAUCAUUGGAUUAUAUCAUAA